GUAUUGGGCUCUCUCCCGACUCCCGAGUCUUCUUUGUCAAGGAAAACUGACCUGUACCGUCUUUUUCUAUUCCCUCUCGACCAAGUUUUUCGUUUUUCUUUCUCGGGAACCCUAAUAGGUUUCCACUCUCUCAAGCAAAUCCACAAUACCUCCAUGUUAGCUCUCUAAUUGAAGCUUUUCCACACCAGAAUUCGGUCGUUGUUUUUCUCUUCUUAACGCUAUUGAAUUCGGAUUUCAAGCUCAGCGAACCAGCAAUUGCCUGGGUUUGAAUCGAUCCGCGCUGGUCCAUGGCGAACGGUACGGAUUCUGAGGAGUUCGUGUUGCUGUCUCGGGUGCGGACGGGCCACAAGCGCGAGUUCGCCUUCGCCCUGAAGGCACAGUCCGAGAUCUGCGGGCCUCUGGGUCGGACACGGUCCAAGAAGACACGGAAUGAGGUCUUUGCGACCUAUUCCAGGAAGAGAUUCAAGCGCUCAGAUGCGAAGGAGGCCAACAACGAUGCCGUUACGGAGAAGAAGAAGGCCAAGGAUUCGGAGGAUGCGAUGAGCGAGGAGGAGGCCAAGAGCGACGUGGUGGACCUCGUCAGCGACGACGAGCCGAAGAGCGUGGUCGGUGAAUCCGAAUCGGUCUGCGAGAGGAUGUCCAAGGAAGACGCGUCGUUGCCAGUUUCCGACGAGGAAUUGAGGAGCGGAGUGGUGGUAACGGCCGUGAAUUCAUUGAAGGAAGAAGAGGAAUCGAAGGAGGAUUCGGCUGCAGUCGUGUUAACCAACGAAAGCGAGCGGAAUGAGGCUGAAGAGAAGAAGAGCAAGCCGGGAAUUGAUAAAACAAAUGAGAAUUUGGCCAAAGAUGAGAGGAAUGAAGGGAAUUCGAUCAGUGACGAUGGUAAGGCCGGAGAUAGAGUGGUGGAGAGGCCUCAGAGGCGGUUUACACGGUCGGCGUUGAAGACAAGGGUGGAGGAAGAAGAGAGUAAUAAGAAGGUGUCAGUGUUGAAGCCGAGAGUGGAGGAAAAAUGUGCGGUUGAAGAGAGUAAUACGAAGGUAGAUGCUGGUAUUGAUUCCGCAGUGCGUAGCCCAUCGGUUGUUACUAUGCCAUUCGAGACAGUGAAAAUGUCGAAUUAUAAGAAGUUUCCGCACAAGUUGAAAGAUUUGCUUGAUACGGGCAUUCUCGAGGGAAUGCCAGUGAAGUACGUCCGGGGUGUCAAGGCUAGAGUCCCCGGAGACACCGGGCUGCAAGGUGUGAUUAAAGGUUCUGGGAUAUUGUGCUUUUGCGGCAAAUGCAAAGGAGUUGAAAUUGUUACACCUUCCUUGUUUGAGCUGCAUGCGGGCAGUGCAAAUAAACGUCCACCCGAGUAUGUUUACCUGGAGAAUGGGAGCACUCUCCGUGAUGUCAUGAAUGCGUGUGUAAAGGCUACGUUGGACUCACAGGAAGAGUUUGUCCGAAAUGCCAUCGGUUGUUCCACUCUAAGGAAGUCUACCAUCUGUCUGAAUUGCAGAGCACGUCGUCCUGAAGCUGACAAUGGGAAUUCAAUGUUGCUAUGUAAAUCAUGCGUGGAGUUGAAAGAGUCUCAAGCUAGCCCUGCUCAAACUGCUGAAGCUCGCUAUGGAUCACCAAAGCGAGUCUUGGUUCCAAAGUCAGUCUUUGUUCCAAAGUCAGUCUUGGUUCCAAAGUCAUCUGACAGUGUUUUGAAGUGUAGCUCAUCUCAAACUAAGAGUCAGGGAAGACUGACAAGAAAAGAUCUACGCUUGCAUAAGUUAGUUUUUGAAGAAGAUGUGCUGCCAGAUGGGACCGAAGUAGCAUAUUAUUCUCGCGGACAGAAAUUGUUAGUCGGUUACAAAAAGGGAUUUGGAAUCUUUUGUACUUGCUGCGACUCUGAGGUUAGCCCCUCACAGUUUGAAGCUCAUGCUGGUUGGGCAUCACGUCGCAAACCUUACCUACACAUUUACACAUCUAAUGGAGUGUCUCUCCAUGAGUUAUCUAUAUCCUUGUCCAAAGGUCGUAAAUUGUCUACCAAUGAAAAUGAUGACCUCUGUUCCAUCUGUCAAGAUGGAGGGGAUCUUUUGUGCUGUGAUGGAUGUCCACGGGCUUUUCACACAGAGUGUGUUCCUUUACCAAGCAUUCCCAGUGGUACUUGGUACUGUAGAUAUUGCCAGAAUGUGUUCCAACAAGAAAAAUCUGUGGAGCGUAAUGCUAAUGCUGUAGCAGCUGGAAGGGUUGCUGGAGUUGAUCCUAUAGAACAGAUAACCAAGCGAUGCAUUCGUAUUUUUAAAACUCCAGAGGUUGACUUUGGUGGAUGUGCAUUGUGCAGAGGCCAUGAUUUCAGCAAAAGUUUUGGUCCUCGCACGGUUAUUUUCUGUGACCAGUGUGAAAAGGAAUAUCAUGUUGGCUGUUUGAAGGAUCACAAUAUGGAAGACCUUAAGGAAUUGCCCAAAGGGAAGUGGUUUUGUGGCACAGAUUGCAACAGAAUUCAUUCUGCUUUGGAAAAUUUGGUAGUUCGUGGAGAACAGAAGCUUCCAGACUCACUUCUGAAUGUUGUAAGAAAGAAGCAUGAAGAAAAAGGGUCUGAUAGUGAGGCUAAAGUUGAUAUAAGAUGGAGGGUUCUUAAUUGGAAAUUGGCCUCUUCUAUUGAAACUAGACAGUUGCUUUCAAAGGCUGUUGCCAUUUUCCAUGAACGGUUUGAUCCUAUAGUUGAUUCCGCUUCAGGCCGUGACUUUAUUCCAUCAAUGCUUUACGGAAGGAAUAUCCGGGGCCAAGACUUUGGUGGGGUUUAUUGUGCAGUACUGACAGUCAAUGAAUCAGUCGUGUCAGCUGGAAUGUUUCGAAUAUUUGGGAAGGAAGUGGCAGAGCUUCCUCUAGUAGCAACAGACACUGAUUAUCAAGGACAGGGUUACUUCCAGUCUUUGUUUUCUUGCAUUGAGAGGCUCCUUAACUCUUUGAAUGUGAAAAACCUUGUGCUACCAGCGGCCGAUGAAGCCGAAUCAAUAUGGACAAAUAAAUUUGGUUUUAAAAAAUUAACCCUAGACGAGCUUAACGAGUUCAAGAGACAUUACCAUAUGGUGAUUUUCCAAGGAACAUCAGUGCUGCAGAAGUUAGUGCCUGCAUGUUGAAUUGUUGAGGUGUUGAAAUAGCUGGAAAAUUUUGUGAAAUGGAGAAGGCACUAUUUUGCAGAGUCUUUUCCUUCAAAAUGUAUAGAAUGUUUGUCAUUUUGGUGUACAGAAAGUAGACAUUAUUAUACCCAUCCUACGAGUUGAUAUAUUCUUUUUGUAGCACAGAUAUGAGAGAGAGAGAGAGAGAGAGAGAGAGAGAGAGAGAGAUCUACUGUAGAAAAUUAGAUCAGGUUUUUGGAACAAACUUUUCCAAAUUUUGAAAUAUAAAAUUUUAUGUGAA